CCGGUCGCCUGCUGCCUGAGGCUUCCGAGCUACUCCCGAGCCUUUGGGGAACAAUGGUGACAAUGGCGGACCUCCAUGCCCUUUGCGGAGUUUCUGGGCUCCCUGGCCAGGCUUCCAUGGUUCCACAGUUAGGGCCUCCUGGGAUCAGCAAAGUAUGCCCGUGGAACUCGAGCGAUGCUGCUGCCAAGUCUUUGAUUCAUCAGAAAUUAAGUCUCCCGACCACAUGUGCCCUGGCAGAAGUUGAGGGACAGGAAGAUGCCACCCAAGCGCAUAGCUAAGAGAAGGUCACCCCCAGAAGAUGCCAUUCCCAAAAGCAAGAAAGUUAAAGACCCUCGUAACCGCGGUCCUGCUACCCGCUCCUGCCAAGUCUCACACAGGUCUCACAAAACAGAACCAGGCUUGGUGCUGACACUGGGCCAGGGCGACGUGGGCCAGCUGGGGCUGGGUGAGAGUGUGCUGGAGAGGAAGAAGCCGGCCUUGGUGCCCCUUCUGCAAGAUGUUGUGCAGGCUGAGGCUGGGGGCAUGCAUACCGUGUGUCUGAACCAAAGUGGCCAGGUCUACUCCUUUGGCUGCAAUGAUGAGGGUGCCCUGGGAAGGGACACAUCAGUCGAGGGCUCAGAGAUGGUCCCUGGCAAAGUGGAACUGCAAGAGAAGGUGGUACAAGUGUCAGCAGGGGACAGUCACACAGCAGCUCUUACUGAAGAUGGCCGUGUCUUCCUCUGGGGCUCUUUCCGGGAUAAUAACGGUGUGAUCGGGUUGUUGGAGCCCAUGAAGAAGAGCAUGGUUCCUGUUCAAGUGCAGCUGGACAUGCCUGUGGUAAAGGUAGCCUCAGGGAAUGACCAUUUGGUGAUGCUGACGACUGACGGAGACCUCUACACCUUGGGGUGUGGAGAGCAGGGUCAGCUGGGCCGUGUGCCUGAGUUAUUUGCCAACCGAGGUGGCCGUCAGGGCCUUGAGCGACUCCUGGUCCCCAAGUGUGUGCUGCUGAAAUCCCGGGGAAGUCGGGGCCGUGUGCGGUUCCAAGAUGCCUUCUGUGGGGCCUAUCUCACUUUUGCCAUCUCCCGUGAGGGCCAUGUAUAUGGCUUUGGCCUCUCGAACUAUCACCAGCUUGGAACUCCGGGCACUGCAUCUUGCUUCAUUCCUCAGAACUUAACAUCCUUCAAGAAUUCCACCAAGUCCUGGGUGGGCUUCUCUGGUGGCCAGCACCAUACAAUCUGCAUGGAUUCAGAAGGAAAAGCAUACAGCCUGGGCAGGGCUGAAUAUGGGCGGCUGGGCCUUGGGGAGGGUGCUGAGGAGAAGAGCAUACCCACCCUCAUUUCCCGACUGCCCGUCGUCUCCUCUGUGGCCUGUGGGGCUUCUGUGGGAUAUGCUGUGUCCAAGGAUGGUCGUGUUUUUGCCUGGGGCAUGGGCACCAACUACCAGCUGGGCACAGGGCAGGAUGAAGAUGCCUGGAGCCCUGUGGAAAUGACCGGCAAACAGCUGGAGAACCGAGUGGUCUUAACUGUAUCCAGCGGGGGCCAGCACACAGUCUUACUGGUUAAGGACAAGGAACAGAGCUGAUGAAGUCUUUGUGGGCCUGGCUUCUGGCCCCCAACCCACCUUCACAGAACAGGAAAACAGCCAGAUGCAAAUUCCAGAAGGCCCCUCCCCAGCCCUGAACAGCUGUCAUCUCCUGUCUUACCCAUCACCACCACAGAAUCCUUUCCUUCUGUUUCGUCCUCUUUUCUAGAAUCAUCCUGAGAAGUACAGGAUGAGGGAGGAUGGGAAGGGGGUCUCAGAAGGAGUUUGCUUACUUACGUCCUUACACCGUUCCCUAUAUUACCCUACUUCCUGUGGUCCUAGCAGGCCCUGGCUCAUUGCCUACAAAACCCAAAGCUUGGGGUUUGGGUGCCCAUACUCUGAAAAGUUGGGAACUCCGUUCACACCCCCAUUCCUAUGUGCCACUUUUUCUGUUCCUAACAUCAGUUUAAAAGGAGACGGAUGGUACAGUCAUCAGAUCCAGUUGUCAUGGACCUAUGCCUAGAGAGAUCUGGACAAAGGCUUCACAAGGCUGGGGUGACCCUAAGCCAAAUAUUUGGCUCUAAACAGGUGUCCAUGGGCAAAAACAGCGAUCCACUUGAAAGAAAUCCAACUAGCUGUUCUCCCAAAAGCACAAAGCACCCCACUGUCUCUUGGGCAUUGCCUAUGCAUUCCCCAUCUAGUCAGCCUUUGUGCCAAAAAGGACUGGAAAGCCAUGCUGGGCUCUGCUGGGCAGUCAAGGCAGGGUACUGGGGAAGCGUGGAGGGGAACACUUGGAGGGACGGAGGCUGGUCCUAAGAAAAGGAAGAACAGUGGUUGAGACAGUAGUUUUGUUUUUGUUUUUUUAAUUAUAAAGUAUUUUGGAGGGGAGAGUGAAAUCUUUUAACACUUUGAAUAAAUUUAGAGUUUUAUAAAAAUGGA